CGCUGUACAAUAUUUUCAUCCCAAAAAAUAUAAACAAAUCUAAGGAGGGGUGGGGGAACCACGCUGCUGGCAACAAAAUCUUCUAACCUCUGACUAUUUGUGCGAGCAACGUUAGAACUGAUUCAGUGAAAACGAUUUGGACUUCCUACCUAAGCGUCCGAAUUUGCAUUAAUUUUCACUUUUUCUAUCCCAUCUGUCAAAAUGUCUUCAUGGAAGAAAGCAGCAAAAACAAACCAAAAGACUCACAGGGAGAGACAUCAACCAGAAGCACGUGAACAUCUGGGCCUGCUUGAGAAGAAAAAAGAUUACAAGACUCGUGCCAAUGAUUUUCAUGAAAAACAGGCUACUCUGCGUCUUCUCCGCAAGAGAGCUCUGAGUCGCAACCCAGAUGAGUUUUAUUUUCAUAUGAUCAAUUCUCGCACAGAGGAUGGAGAACAUCAUGAAAUUGAGAAAGAGGAUGAGCACACACCCGAGCAGAUCAAGCUUAUGCAAACUCAAGAUCUGCGGUAUAUCACUAUGAAGCAAACUACUGAAAAACGGAAAAUUGCCAGACUUCAGUCUGAGCUCCAUUUGCUAGACGCUGCUCAAGAGGUUCCAAAUCAUCAUACGUUUUUUGUGGAUGAUCCUAAAGAAGCUUUAAACUUUGAUAUCGCAGCUAGAUUAGAUACUCACCCUGCCCUCUUAGGUAGACGUUGUAACCGAAUGAAACUUGAUACUUUAAAAACUGCUGUGCUUCCAGUGGUUGAUAAAGCUGCAUUGGAGAAGGCUGCCAAACAGAAGCAGCAAAAAUAUGCUGAAUUAGACAAGCGCCUAGACCGAGAAAAGCACCUACGUGUUAUCCAAGAAAAAAUGAUUCUAAAGAAGCACCUAGCAAACAAGAAAGAAGCAGAGCCAGAAAGAAUAAAGCCAGCAACUAAAGACGCUCCACCCAUCUAUCGAUGGAAGUUCGAAAGAAAGCGAUGAAUAUAUGUUGCCUUGGUUGGUUGGUGUGUUUGUUAAAAUCUGUUGCAACCAUUGUUUAAUAUGUAAAAUCAUUACACAUUAAUUUUGUUCUGUGAACAACUGUUGAUAAAUUUUGUCAAUGUCCUAAAA